AUGUCUGCCGUGGAGAAGGUGAUGCUCUUCCAGCGAUGCGUCAUCACCGUGCUGCAGCCGCUUCUUGAUGGCAUCGCCAGCGGGUUCCGUCUCAGGGACCCUUUCGGUGAUUGGCAAACCGUGCGCCCCCUGCUGUACGCCUGGGUGUGCGACUACCCCGAGAGCGGCAAGAUCAGUUGCACACUCUCGCAUGGAUCGCGGAUGCCGUGCAGCAUCUGCUAUGCUGCAAAGGAGCAUCUGAGUGCGGUCAAGGCACGGAACACGCCGCGCACGCCUGAACAGCAGCAAUGGAUCGUUAACGAGGCGGCUGGGACGACAACUAGCCAGGACAACCCGUGCAAGGCCUACUCUACCUACCCUGUUGAGUGCGUGCUCUGGAAGUGGGAUGUCCCAGGGACCGCGUGGGGCAAUCCCUACCUCGUGGUCAUGCCUGACAUCAUGCACCAGGCGGACCUGGGCAUCAUGAGCCACAUUGUGGCUGUCGUGCGCAAGAUGAAGAAGCGGCGUGUGAAGCAGAUGGACAGGCGCCUGUCUUUCAUUCGCGACCGCACGCGCCUGAAUCACAUGCGCCUGCCGGAGAGCGCCUAUUUCGAGACCGGAGCAUGUGUCGCGGCCUAUGAGCACAGGGCCGUCAUGCAGGUCAUGGUGUUUGUCUUUGCUGGCCUGCUUCGCCAGCCCCAGAUGGAUGCCGUUCGUGCCUAUCUUGGCUGGCUCGUUGAGCACUUGCAGGCUGCGUUUCCAAAGCAGCCAUCCUCUUGGUGCCUUGUGAAAACACAUCUCAUGUCGCACUACGUCGACUCCAUACGUCGCGCGGGUCAUGUGACUGAAUUCAGCACCAACAUGUUCGAGCACUUGCACGGACCGUUGGUAAAGAGGAUCUACCGUCGGUCCAACAAGCGCAAUGUAGAUGGGCAGAUCAUGAAGUUCCAUGCUAGGCGCAUUCCGGAUGUGGUGCCGGUGGAUGAUCCUGCUGGCCGGGACACCGCCAUGCGGCAGUGGGCCAAGCAACACCCUCGUGCCCAAGCAGCCCUCAAGGAUGCGCUUAUGCGUUAUGCAGGAUGCGUCACCAAGAUUCGAGCCCAUGCAUCGCUGGCAAUCCCUGCAGCAGACGACGCCAGCUUCUCAAGAGUUUCUCACUUCGUUCGAGCGACCCCUGACUAUUUUGAGAGGCCAUGGUACUCGGAUGUUGCAGUGGAGGGUGUAAGUACCGCGGGCAGCACCAACAGUACCUUUGUCAACCAGCCGAUUCUCCCGCCAACAACCAUGCUCACCAAGGGGAUGCAGAAGGAAACAGGGGGGAUUUUCACUGCGGCUCCAGUGCCUCUGUUUGUGUACGGGGCAGGGCAGGAGGUGGCGGGGUGUGGAGUGCAGCUCGCCUUCCAGGCCAACUUUACCUUCUCCCUCUCCCCUCAAUCCGGCCGUGUUGGCAACAAUGGCUUCGCCUUUGUCGUCUCGGCAACGGACCGGGUGGGGAGUGGAUCUAGAGUGGGGUAUGGUGGCAUGGACAGCCGGAGCAUGGCAGUUGAAUUCGACACCACACAGGACAAGAAGCACGGCGAUAUGAGCACCCCGCAUGUGGGGCUGAACAUUCAAGGCCAGGACCAGUCAAUAGCCGCUGUGAAGUCGCCGUUUGAGCUGAGCAACAGAAAGGCGUACACAGCGUGGGUGGACUAUGAGCCUGGGGAGCCCGGCACCAUCCAGGUGUUCCUGGCUGCCACGGAGGUGAAGCCAGUGCAGCCGCUGCUGGAGAGGAGGCUGGCGCUGUGUGAGGUGCUGCAGGCUGGAGCAGAGCAGCGGGCGUUCUUCUUUGGCUUCGUGGCGUCCACCACUGUGAAGCCCUUCCAGAUGCAUCUUAUCCUCAAAUCGGCAGUUCACACUGCCUUUGGUCUAACUCUCUCCGUGGAGUCGUAUGCACCUGUGGGAGCCAGUCCCUUCAUGCGCUACAUGAGUGUGGACUACCAGGUGUCGGCCAACCAGCAGAGUGCAUGGCAAGUCAGCGCCUCCCACUCCUGGGACUCCAUGCCCUUCCUCGGCUGGCCGGUCAAGAACCAGAAUGACUGCAGUGCGAGUUGGGCGUAUGCGGUGGUGGCGAGUUUGGAGGCAGCAUAUGGCAUUGCGCUGAGUAGUGAGGCGCCACGGCUGUCAGUGGACUCGCUCUUUGCAGCCAUGGGGCUCACCUCUCUCACUGCCAAGUGCAUGGCAGGCGGCUCUCCUGCCGCGGCCUUUGAAAAGCUUCUCACUCUGCCCUCUGGUGGACUCACAACCGACAGCAAGCCGGUAGGAGAGAGCUUUGAGCACGAGACCAAUGGAUUUGAGCGCACGCGGUUCAAGGGGUAUGUGGGGCUCAUGCUGGCAGUGCAGCGGCAGCCAGUGGUGGUUCACAUUGAAGCAUCUGCUGCCACAUUUGUACAAUAUGAUGGGACCUUCAAGUACCAGGAUCCUGACUGCUACACUGGCAACCUGGACCAUGCUGUACUCGUUGUUGGGUACCUCCUUUUCACAAACAAUGGCCGCCAAAGCACCACUUCUCCACCGUUCUGGAUCAUUCGCAACUCGUGGGGAGUGGAGUGGGGCGACAGGGGCCACAUGCGCAUGGACAUUCAGGGAGGGGAUGGCGUGUGUGGCAUCAACGUGCUGCCUGGCAUCUACCCCAUUGUCAAGAGUGAGGCAUCUGAAAUAUCAUGUAUACUUUCUGAAUUUACUCAGCGGGCAGAGACACCUUACCACUUCUAA